AUGGCCUAUUCUUCAACUUUAGUCAUUCACAAGUGCUUCACAUAUGAUGUGUUUUUAAGUUUUAGAGAUAAAGAUACCCGUAAAAACUUUGUUGAUUAUCUUUACUUUGCUCUUCAACACAAAAACUUCCGUGCUUGCAAUGAUGAUAAAAUAAAGAAAGGGAAAAUGAUAAAUGAUGAGCUCAUCAAAUCCAUUAAAGACUCAAAGUUCUACAUUAUAAUAUUCUUUAAGAAUUAUGCAUCUUCAUCUUGGUGUUUGGAUGAACUAGUAAAAAUUAUGGAGUGCCAUAGGAACGCAGUUCAGGUUGUUUACCCGAUCUUCUAUGAUGUAGAACCUUUUGAAAUCCGCAAACUAAGUGAGGUACUUGGAAAAGCAUUUGCCAAACAUGAAAAGUAG